AUGAGUAAGGUUGAGCUGGAUCUCGAGUUGUCGAAAUAUGAUGCGCCAGCGGGUGGAUUGUGGAGGACAAGGAAACCGGUGCGGGUGUUAUUGGUAGAGUUAAUAAAUGGGAUGGAUGGCAAAAUAGCGUGUGAAGGUUGGUCGGAAUCUUCUGCGUCCGCUAAGACUGCAGGGUUGGCAGCACGGGGAGCAGAUGUGGUUGGCUGGCCAAGUCACCGCGAUCGGCCUUCCACCUUGCGCGGGAAUGUGAAGAGACAAAAAUUGAUGGGACAAGCGAAUGGUGGAAGCGAGGGUGAUGGAGAUGAUGAGAUGGAGAUGGAGACGCGAAGCAACUGA